AUGAAUACAAAGGCCAGGUUUUUCUUCCCGUCUUUAAAUAAUAAAGGCUCAUUAUCACUGUACUUCCCAUUACUCCUCCCCCCAUCUUCAUCGCCUUCCACAUUAUCCCGGUCCCUGUUCCUGCCCUAUUCCUAUAAUCCCUGUCAUCCUCAUUAUCUCGGAUUCGAUCCCUAUUUCUUCCCGUCUUCCAUAUUCCCUCCUGUCAUCCUCCUCCUUAGAUUGAUCUUUAUGCCUACUCCUAUCUCUUUCUCCAUCCCUAUCCCUCCUGCCUCUUUCUCUAUCCCUGUCCAUCUUAUCUCGCAUUUCCAUCUCAAUUCUCUUCUCUACUUUAGAUUUAGACUUCUUACUGUCACCGGCGUUUUCCGCCUUGGAUUCCUUGUUCGGAGGCUUUGGAGGCAGAAUCGCGUGGAUAACAGUGAGAAGCGUGCGGACGAAGUAAUCGGAAUGGCAAUUCCGAUUGUGUUUUCUCUUCUUCUUUUCAGUUUUUCAUUUUCAAGUGCAGCCCCGGAUCCGGCCUAUCAAACGCUUCUCCAAUGCAUGAGUCAGUCCAUCGGAUCCCCCAAUGCUUCCUCGAUUAUCAUCCCUCCCACCAAUCCCAAUUAUACAUCUGUAUUGGAUGCACGGAUUCAUAAUGCUCGUUUCAACAGAUCUUCCACGCCUAAACCGGCCAUCAUCAUCACUCCAAUGGAUCCCACCCAUGUUUCCGCUGCCGUAAUCUGUUCCCAGAAGGUCGGUUUCCAGCUCAAAACCCGUAGCGGCGGCCACGAUUACGAGGGCUUUUCUUACGUUUCCGACAAACCCUUUUUCAUGCUUGACAUGGUUAAUCUACGUUCGGUAGCUGUGGACGUGAAAGAUGAAUCGGCCUGGGUUCAAGCCGGUGCGACGCUGGGUGAACUUUACCAUGCUGUAUGGGAAAAGAGCAGCGUCCAUGGAUUCCCUGCCGGGGUGUGUCCAACGGUCGGAGCCGGCGGGCACAUUGCCAGUGGCGGGUAUGGUACCAUGAUAAGGAAACACGGUAUGUCGAUAGACCAUGUUGUGGAUGCCAACAUAGUCGAUGCCAGCGGCAAAAUACUAGACCGAAAAGCCAUGGGAGAAGAUCUUUUUUGGGCUAUAAGAGGCGGAGGAGGAGGCAGCUUCGGCGUUAUUAUAUCCUAUAAGAUAAAGCUCGUCCAUGUACCGGAGAAGGUCACCGUUUUCAGAGUCCAACAAUCAAUAGCCGAUAAAGGCACCGACGUUGCUUUCAAAUGGCAAACAGUCGCCGCAACAACUGAUAGUAAUCUCUUCACGAGAAUGCUCUUGCAACCCGAUACGAGUAAAGAGGUAACGUCAGUGAGAGUUACGGUCAUGGGAUUGUUCUUGGGGGAUGCCGAUGGCGUUGUAGCUUUAUUAGCCAAAGAUUUCCCGGAACUCGGUUUAAAGAAAGAGAACUGUACCGAAAUGAGUUGGAUCGACUCAGUUCUUUGGUGGGCAAAUUUCGAUCCCGGAAUGCCACCGAAGGUUUUGCUGGACAGAAACAAUCAGAACACCAAGUUCGUGAAGAGGAAAUCAGAUUAUGUUCAAACACCGAUUCCCAUCUCCGGGCUGGAAUCUCUAUGGAAAACGAUGGCUGAAAACCCAAAAGUGGGAUUGACAUGCAACUCAUACGGUGGAAAAAUGAACGAAAUUAAACCAGAGGAAACUGCAUUCGCUCAUCGUGCUGGGAAUCUGUACAAGAUACAGUACUCGUUGAACUGGAACGAUCCAGCAAAUGAAGCGGAAGAGAGUCACUUGAAACAAGCGAGAGUAGUUCACGAGUUCAUGACUGAGUUCGUGUCGAAGAAUCCGAGGAGGGCUUUCUUGAAUUACAGAGACGUGGAUAUCGGAACCGCUAAAACUUGGAGCUAUGAGGAAGGGAAAUCGUAUGGAUUGAGCUAUUACGAUGGGAACUAUGACAGGUUGGUUGAUGUGAAGACCAAAUUCGAUCCCACCAAUGUUUUUAGAAAUGAACAAAGCAUUCCUCCUCGUUCCAAAUAA